AUGGAGACUGAGACUGAAGAAUGUACAGGAAAAAGACGCAAGUCAGACCACGAUUCAGAUCCAUCACCGCAUAAGAAGCGGCGUUGGGUGUCUGGUCGUGCAACCAGCUCGUCGUCGGUGUCUGCCAACAACACACCUGCCCUUCAGUCAGAGCAUAUCACACAACUACCCUCUCCGUCGUCGACACAGGUAUUACCGUCACCACAGCAAUCGGGGUCGUCGCCCACAGCCAACUCUCCAGUCUCAAAGUGUAAGCGCAAGCGCAAGCACGAAGCUGACUUCCUUCCCUCGUCACAUCCUCCUAAACAACCUCGCCUCUCUCCAUCGGUCGUCGGCCAGAUCGAUUCCGCCACACCUGAGCUUGACAAAUACUUUCAAGAGUUACCUGCCAGUCAAGAAGAGUUUGAGCCAUUGACCCACUGGGAGCACGAGGUUGAUCCGUACGACAUGAAUCCACCGACAUCGAAGAGACCACGACCAUCGGAUGUCCUGGCACGCCGAUUGUCGUCGUCGGGUCGGAGCACAGACACGGCGCUGUCCAAAGAGAAGAAAUAUUCGGUCUAUAAGGAUGUGAACUAUCCUGUGGUGUUGGAGACGAAAGGCAGCUUCAUGCGCGCCUCAGAUCAUGGGCUGUCCGAAGAAGAUGAAGCAUUCUGUGCCACCCUGCACACCCACAUCCAGACGCUCCCGCCCGACCUCUUGUUUGACGACGACCACUUCGUCAAGUUUCACGCGAACCUACGCAACCGGUCUGAGGCGCGCAUCACGACUGAUCUGCACUCGCGGGUGAUGCCCUCGGUCGAAAACAUGUGCAUCGCUGGACGCGCUGAGUUUGCAGGCUUGAUCGAAGGUCACAACGACUUGUGGGUGAAAGCCAUUCCCUUCUUUGGACCACGACCACAGCCGGACCACACCAUCGGCUUUCGAUGGUGGAAUUUCACCGAAAUCCAGCGGCGCAAACUCAACAUCGAGCCCACCGCCAAGUCACUCUACACGGCCCGUGAAGAGAUGUUCUUUCCCUUCUUUACCGGCGAGGUUAAAUGUGGUCGACAAGGACUGGACCUGGCGGAUCGACCCAAUGCGCACAGCAUGACCAUCCACAUGCGCGGCAUAGUCGACCUCUAUCGUCGAGCGAGUCGACUCCCAGACCUCCAUCGACGCGCUUUAGGGUUCUCCAUGUCCCAUGAUGACCAGACAGCUCGACUGUAUGUGCACUACGUGGAGAUUGACCAUGAGGAGCCGACCUACUACAUGCAAGCUCUGCCUAAGGUCAACUUCGGCGACAACCAGGGCGAGAAGCGAUGGCAGUGUUACCAGUUCACGGUGAAUGUGUGUGAACUGUUUGCACUGCCAUUCCUCGAUCGACUGAAAGAGGUGAUCGAUACCCUCCCUGACCCUGUGCCCACCUCGUCAGACCUGGUCUCAAACGUGGACGACAUCAGCGUGCAAAGCUCGCAGGACGAAGCAAGCGGGGUCGACUCGCAAGAAGAAGGCACUCGGAAAGGUCACCAGGGCCGGGUGUCUAAUGCAGAACUGCGGAACGUGAUUCAAGGCUUACAGCGAGAAAUCGAGUCACAACGACAAGACGUCAAAGAGCGUGAGGCUAGACUGACUCUUCAGCUCGAGCAACAGCGCACCGAGGCAAAAGAGAGGGAGGCUGCCUUGCUCACUCAGCUAGAAGAGCAGCGCAAGAACUCCGAGGAGCAGAGAAAGAUUCAUGACGAGCAUCAAAAACAGCUUAUGAGCAUGCUUGCGGAACAGAGUAAACAGCUCAAAACGCAGAGCGAUGAAAUCAAGAAACUCUUGCAGAAGCGAUAG